AACCAGAUGAUUUAGUUAAUGAAAAUUCAACAAAUUUAGAAGUUGGAAACUUUAUAUCAUUAUCAUCUAGAUUAGAACCUGAUGAAUCUUCAAAUUUAAGUGAAGAUGUUAUACACAGAGAUAAGGAUUUUGAUAUAAAUGAACUUAUUGAUAGUUUAGAUUAA